UAAAAUAUUCAUUUUCAGGUUUUAUAGUUUACUAGCUCAUAAUUAUGAUCUGCUAUUGUUUUAGAUGCCAACGUCCCUACUUCUCUCGCGUUUGUAGGUAUUGAAGUGUAAUGUAGCUGCGUGUUAUUUGGUCUCGUCCGCUCGCUCGGGACACGUUCCCACGCGCUACAGCGCCACACGACGCACGCGGGGAAUACAGAGAGAUCUCUCUUUUGAUUUAUGUAUUUCUUUUUGGGAAAAUGCUGUUUUCAAAAGAAACACCAUGGAGGCGAUUAGAGGGCAUGUCGUUUGGCUUGUUCUCCGCCGAUGAAAUAAGGAAGCUGAGUGUGAAAAGUAUCACUAAUUCCCAGCUGUUGGAUAAUGUGGGCAAUGCCGCGGCUAACGGGCUGUAUGACCUGGCGCUGGGUCCAGCUGAUAACAAGGAGAUCUGCUCCACCUGCAUGCAAGACUACACCAGCUGCCCUGGCCACUUUGGUCUCGUAGAUCUGCCCCUUCCCGUCUACAACCCUAUGUUUUUUGAUAAAUUAUAUUUGCUCAUCCGGGGUUCAUGCCUGGGAUGCCACAUGUUGAAGUGUCCCAGAACGGCUGUUCAUUUGCUGCUGGGCCAGCUGAAGCUCCUGGACGUGGGUGCGAUGAAGGAGGUGUAUGAGCUUGAGAACGUUCUCAAUCAGUUGCUGGAGGUCAAUGCUAAGCCGUCUGGAAUAGAAAUCCAAGAAGCUCUGGAGGCGUUCAUUUCACCCGUUCUUAAAGCCAGUGACGACAAGCAGCAAACUGCCCCUAUCAAACAUAUCUGUGAGAAAAAGUCCAGUCUCAUUAACAGUUUCUGGAGAGUAUACAUGGGCCCGAGGAAAUGUCCGAAUUGCAGAGCCAGCAGAGUGACUGUGCGCAGAGAACACAACAGCAAACUCAUCAUCAUACAUGGAUCAUCCACAGCAAGCACAGAAAAGGACGGUAAAUCGGCACAUCAAGAAUGGGGAUGUGCUGCUGCUUAA